GUGAAAUUCCCCAAGACGGACAGUCCUUAUAACCGGACAGCUCCAAUAACCGGACAAAUUUUGUGUACACAGGUUUUUCAAUCCUUUUUUCAUACAAAUAUCAUUCUAAUAAACGGACGCUCUAAUAACCGGACGCGGACACUGUAUUUCAAGCCAUUUCCAUGAAAAAAUUUCUCAUAAACGGACAAAAUUCAAAAACAUCGCAAGCAAGCUUUGUUGUUCAUUAUAAAAAUGAAAUAGGGGAUUCCCCUUUUAACAUGUAUGCACACACUCAAGCCGUGCGUGUCAAGUAAAAGGUGGUUUUCUAUUCAGUUUGUCAAGUAAGUUGCAUGCGAGAGGUUGCGUUCAAAGUUCGUAAUAAUAUGGCACCGAAAAAGAAGCUACUUUCUAUUAAAGAGAAAAUGGAAAUUAUUAAUGUUUUCGAAAAAGAAAAGUUAUCAGUACGUGGAAUUGCAAAAAGGUUCAAUAUUGGCAAAACGCAAGCUGCUGAAAUUAAUAAAAAUAAAGAAAAAAUUCGUUCUAAAUGGGAGUCUGGAUCUAAUGUUCACCAAAAGCGAAGUUUCCUUAAAGAAGGCGGCUCGGAUAUAGACAGGAUGUGUUUUGAUUGGUUCGCUAAGGCUAGGAGUCAAAAAAUUCCGAUUUCUGGUCCCAUUUUGAAAGCAAAGGCAAUGGAAAUUGCAGGAAAACUGGGGGUACCUAAUUUUAAUGCUUCGGAUGGAUGGCUAAAUAAAUGGCGAUUAAGGAAUAAUGUUUCCUUCAAAUGCAUAUCUGGUGAAGGUGCAGAUGUGAAUCAGGAUGAUGUCGAACAGUUUCGGACAAAGCUGCCAACUCUGUUGAAUGGGUACAAGCCUGAAGACAUUUACAACGCCGAUGAGAGUGGGCUUUUCUUUCGUGCCUUACCGGACAAAACCCUCGCUCUUAAAUCCGAAAAAAUGUGUGGGAGAAGCUUAGUUUUAAAACACUUGAUAACUAAAAUUGGCGAUACAAGUUCAGCCUCAGAGCUCUCAAAAUCGAUUAAUGUACUGGAAGCUGUGUAUUUCAUCAAAGCAUCUUGUCAUAAAGUGGAAGCCACAACAAUCCGAAACUGCUUCCGUAAAGCAGGAUUUUUGGAAACUUUAGAGGAUCCUUCAGAUUUUGAUCCCGAAGAUGACAUUCCACUGGCAGUCUAUGCUAGGCUUCAGGAAGGACUAGAUUUGGCAAAUGAUUUCGAAGGUUUUCUCCAAAUAGAUCAAAAUGUUUUCACUGAGGACAACAAUAUAGAAAUUCAAUUUGACGAACCAGAUGAUACUAUGGACUUAAGUGAUUCAGAAGAUGAACCUUCAGAAGAAAUAAGUGACCCCAUAACAUCAUAUGAUGAGGCUUUAAAACUUGUUGAGCGCUUGAAACAAUUUGCAAAAAAUGACUAUGUAGCUUUUCAGCAGGUUAAAAAUAUCGAGAGUCACUUUGAAAAUGAAAAUUUUAAAUUAAAGGAAUCAAUGUUAAAACAAACAAGCAUCACACAAUUUUUUCAAACAAACUAGUCGAUAUUGAAAUGUAAGGACUUGUACAAUGUAUUUAAUUGAUAUAUUUAUGUAUGUAUAUGUAAUACUAAAGUAUGUAUUUAAAUAUUCUUUGCUUCGAAAAAUUUCUUAAAUAAACUACAAUGAAUUUUAUAUGUGUAGUAUGUAUAUAUUUUUUGACCUCAUCCCCUAUAAGCGGACAGCUCCCAUAACCGGACAAAAACACUGCGACCGUGAGUGUCCGGUUAUGAGGAAUUUC